CUUCUUCUGCAGUUCAGUUCACGAUCCAAGGCUAUUACUUAAUGUCACAUUUGUUGGUAGGACUUCCAACCUGAGUUCUGGUCAAUUGACCAGAACAAGCGCUGCGGGAGCCCCGAAAAGUCAUGGACGUACCCGGCUUUCGGGAUGUGUGUCUCUCUUGUGCGCAGGCCAUCAUUGAUAUCCCACUUCCAUACUUGAUUGGCUUCGUCGUCUCGACUCUUAUUGGGCUUACUUUUCUUGGAUACACCCUCAUCUUCCUACUCGCACCUGUCCCGAGACCUCCGUUCCCUGAGGAAAAGACGUACCAGACAAUUGCAGAAGAUGGCUCUAUCACGCCACCCAAAGCACUGCCAUGCUGGUAUGACCGCAUAGGAGCCCAACCAUCCGAUGGUAACAGAAGUGAUAGCCUAGAGGAUGCCGAAUUGUUUAUGUCCGUCGUAGUCCCCGCGUACAAUGAACAAGAACGUUUGCCUGGGAUGUUAGAAGAAGCAGUAAACUAUCUUGAGCGAGCAUAUGGAACCCUGACGCCUCACAUAAACGGCUUAGGGAAGCGGGAAAAUCCCAAGCAGGACAGAAUCGGAACCACGCGCAAACGCAAAACGAACAACGUUGGUACAUCGGAAGGUUUAUUGAAGGGCUGGGAGAUAAUAAUAGUGUCCGAUGGAUCAACGGAUAAAACUAUCGAUACUGCACUAUCCUUUGCGAGAGAUCACCAGCUAUCCCUCCAUCCAAAAGGCCAUGCUGGACCGUGGACUUCAAAGUUGAGAGAAGGUGUCCACAUCCCACCGGGCACGAUCCGGGUAGUUACAUUAAAACAAAACCGGGGCAAAGGAGGCGCCGUCACACAUGGAAUGCGGCAUGUUAGAGGCCAAUAUGUCGUUUUCGCCGAUGCCGAUGGCGCAAGCAAUUUUGACGAUCUCGGUAAACUAGUUCAGGCUUGUCAACAGGCCGAAGAUUCCGAACUGCGGGGUGUGGCUGUAGGGUCUAGAGCACAUCUAGUCGGAAGCGACGCUGUGGUCAAGCGCUCCAAACUCCGCAACUUUCUAAUGCAUGCCUUCCAUAUUACAAUCCGUCUUCUUACCCCUCCACGUACCGCGCAAAUUAAAGACACCCAGUGUGGAUUCAAGCUCUUCUCCCGCGCCAGCUUACCAUACAUAGUUCCUUAUAUGCAUUCCGAAGGUUGGAUAUUCGACGUUGAAAUGCUUAUGCUGGCGGAAUUCGCGAACAUUCCCGUUGUCGAGGUCCCAGUAGGAUGGAGAGAAGUCAAGGGCAGCAAGUUGAAUGUUGUUUGGGAUAGUCUGGGGAUGGCAUGGGGAUUAGCGAUGUUGAGAGCGGCCUGGGGAUCCGGGGUCUAUAGAAGGCGUGUAUGAUCACUUGAUUUUGCCUUUGGACUCGGUUUUUGGUAGAAAGACCUGGGCCUUUUUCUAGUUAUUUCAUUUCAGGGAGUCUGGAGCGCGAGUUGGAUCUAUAUACCAUUAUCCCUGUUAUCAUAUUUUUUGUCGGUUGACGGGGCGUGUACUGAUAGAUGUCACAUAAUACGCAGGGAUCCAUCUACAUUUAG